AUGAGGAUCACCCAGCUCCGGCCCAACAACGAGGAGCAGCGUUUACGCACCGCCGUGCUUGCAGCGCGCCAAGCCAAGCAGCAAGCCGCCGCGCGAAGCGGAGGCGCGCCAUGA